CCAGCUAGCCAGUCAGUCAGUCAGUCAGUCAGGCUGUCAGUCAGUCAAAUAGCAAGGAUUUCGUGGUUUGAACAGGUUGCGAUAUCAGGCCACAGAGCAUAUUUACGAUCAGUAAAGUUUCUGUCCGACAUCAGUACUUUUCUGUUCUAAGAAGAAAUGUAAGCACGCUUUCCCCCCUGGCAUACGUACAUUGCUGGGUAAAAACUGGCAAGUUUGGGUUCCCAUAUUUUCACGAGUUUGCAACAGAUUUCCAUGAAACUUCGCAUAUUUACUAAAUUCGGAAUGAUAAAUUGUUCUAUGUAGGUGUUUCUUUGUUUUUAUGAAAAAUAUCAAUAUUGUUUAUAUUGGAUGACAUCGGUAAAAAGGUCCAUUGUUUUGGAUGCUGUUGUUGUUGUCGUUUUGUUUUGAGUUUUGCAUUGCCCACCUUAUAAUCGAUUCACUCCCAGUCUAUAGGCUUAUAGACUUUUUCGCCGGUGCAAACCAACCAUACAGGUAAAUAUGAAUAAAUUUGAAAGAAAUAAUUCUCUAGUGCCUUAGGUUUUCUCCACAGUCAAAGGUGAUUGACGGUACCCUCCCAUAAUAGUUACAAGUUUAAUCUUGGCAAAAUUCUUUAAAUUGACUUUGAUAUUUGUAGUAACGGAGUUUACGUUAAAAAAAAACUAGUCUCGUAUUCGGCCCGGAACGUAAAAGCACUUGAAACGUAUUGACCCAAAGAGCUCUGUUGCAGUAGUUAUCUUUGUCUAUCAACUGUUGCUAAUCAGUGGUCUAAAAUUAACCUAACAUUGAUUCAUUUGUAUGCAUCAUGAUGUAGGUAAACUGAUUCUGAAUAAUUUUGAAUAAUUUUGGUGUUCGGUGGUAUGCUCCCAUUAUAUUACGAUAGACUUCUUAAAACCGAGAGGCAAUAUAACUUUCUAAGCAUGAGAAGAUCACAUGGUUUGAUAUUGGACAGCAAACAAACCAAGCUAAAAUAUAUCAAAACAUUCCGGUUAUGGAGACCUGAUUUGUGACACCAUUCUUGAUAUCUGUCUCAAGAAGUUCCAACGACUCCAACCAUAGUUAACUAUACUCCAACUAAAAAAAACGUGAGACGGUUUAUUCCUUAACAAUUUACAAACCAUAUGCUUCAAAAAUAUAAAUACGAAAGUUUUAUAACAAACAAAAUUAACAUAAUUGCGAAGGCGCUCGUGCGCUACUGCUACAGUUCAUUUCGCACGGGCGAAUCGAGAAAAAUUAAUUCACAACAAUACCUUUUGUUCACGCCCACUGACACGCCACUCGAGAUUAUCUGAUUGAAAACCAAAAUUCUAAUGGGACCUUUAAUAGUGAGCACUCUGUUCUCCGGUUUCAUACCGAAGAAUUUAAAUCAGCCUCGCAAGACGACGGUUUCAGUGUAUCGGUGCGGCUAACUAAAUAUGGCUCCAAAACAGGCAUCCUUUCGACCAUGUUUGUUGCUCGAAAUUAAAGUGCUGCGUGGUCGGAACAUCACCCUGGGUUCGUUUGCUGAUUGGCUUGACACGCCGGAUCCAUAUGUAAAGCUGUACAUCAAGACGGCACCAAAUGGCAAGCGUAAAACCAAAGUACGCAACAACUCUGCCAACCCUAUCUGGGAGGAAGUGUUCCACUUUUACCUUGACCCAGAUAUGACAAACAAUUUAGAAAUUACUCUGAUGGAGUCAGACACGUUCAGUGACGACUUGGUGGAAACCAAGACAUUCGACCUUACUAGUUUGGAGCUUAACAAAGUUUAUCGCAAAACCUUUGUUUUCCGCCAGACUUCAGAGGUUGACGUGGAGUUGAAAGUUGAAACAAGUUCCACACCCACUGACAUGAGGUACAGCAUGGAUCUAUGUGAGGAGGAAAACGACUUUCGCCAAAAAAGAAAACAUGUUGUUUUUACGGCCAUGCAGAAGCUUCUGGGAGAACGAGGACCCAGGACUCUUGACGAGGUGCCAUCGGUUGCUGUUCUUGGUUCUGGGGGCGGAUUUCGGGCUAUGGUUUCUCUCAGUGGCGUUUUCUGCGCUCUCAAGGACAUGGGUGUGUUAGAUUGUGCCAUGUACACUUCUGGACUGUCAGGAUCAGCGUGGUAUCUCUCCACCUUAUAUUCCCAUCCUGACUGGCCGAAUGUGCAUCCGCGUCAAAUCGAGCAAGAUUUGAGAGAAAACAUCAAGGACAACUGGAUGUGGCUGUUACUAACCCCAUCAUGGCUGUACAAUCACAUGAGCAUUAUUCUACGUAAGAGGUCACGCGGACAGCCUGUCAGUUUCACGGAUUUUUUCGGUUAUCUGGUCGGAGAGACCAUUUUGAAAGACCGGAAGAUUACCUCAAAAUUGAGCGAACAACGCCACACUGUGAAAGACGCCAUGGUUCCCCUUCCACUUUACACUUGUGUCCACGUGAAAAAGGAUGUUUCUGCUCUCACCUACUGUGAAUGGCUCGAGUUUAGCCCUUAUGAAAUAGGAAUGGCAAAAUAUGGCACUUUCAUGAAGACGGAACAUUUUGGAAGCAAGUUUUUCUGCGGCAAGCUGCUGACACCCUAUCCUGAACCUCCUCUGCAUUACCUACAAGGUAUUUGGGGCAGCGCUUUCACCAUUUUGCUUCAGCGAGUUCUUCACGAGGGCAAACCACCUGACGACACCAUCAAGAGCAUGCGCAACACUGGUGAUCUGAGAGGAGAGUUACAUGGUAUGAUUAAUUCGGAGAAUGUAAGACCCGAGGAUGAUGAUGAAUUCAGCGAUGAGGAAGAAGACAUGGAUGCUACAGACGGAGAGGAAACCAAGGAGGAAGCAGCGGCACAUGAUAAUGAAUGUGGAGAUCACAGCUUCCUCACCGACUUAAUGGAGAGUUUCAUGGAAAAAGUUUCAUUCCUGAAAUCACGCGAUGGACGAGCAGGCCUGGUGCACAAUUUCUUACGCGGUCUGCAACUAUUGACUGCACCAAUCCCCAAGGAAGCAGAAGAGGUUUCUGAAACCGUUGACCAGCUAGCUCUGAAGGCCAAGCGCAUCUAUUUAGUGGAUAGCGGGCUCGUGUUCAACUCUCCGUACCCUCUGCUUUUGAGACCUCAGCGAGACGUCGACAUCUUUCUGUCAUUUGACUUCAGUGCUCGCGAUAAGGACGACGAGUCUCCUUUCCAGGAACUUUUGCUGGCAGAGGAAUGGGCAAGGAAGAACAACUUCAAAUUCCCUCCCAUUGACGCUACCUAUCAGUUCCUUAAGGAUGGCUAUAAUAGGGAGUAUUACGUGUUUUCGGACCCGAACGAUCCUACUUGUCCAGUUGUGGUGCACUUUCCACUUGUCAACAAAACGUUCAAAGAACAAAGCAAGCCAGGAGUUCCUCGCAAGACUGCUGAAGAGCUGGAUUUCGCAAACUUUUCGAUUUUUGAGGAUUCAGAAGGUCAUUAUAGCACGUUCAAUUUCCAUUACACUCCCAAGCCGUUUGACCGCUUGACAAAACUGUGCGAAUUCAACACUCUGCUGGGUGAACAAACCAUCAAAGACGUCAUGGCGGACUGCGUCAGGAAACGACGUGAAGGCAAAGCGGUGAAUGGCAUGAAUGGCAUGAAUGGAAACAAGUGAAGCUUGCAAAGCUUAAGCUCACGUACUAACAGAAAGAGAAAUAAACGUACAUGGACAUGGAAACGUAAAUUAAAUAAGGAUUUAGAUCGAUUAAUCAAGUCUGGUAUAACCGACAAAGCAUUAUAUUAGGAACACAAGUGUGAUAAAGUAGAGUAUCUAAAAGAUAGUAAUGCUGCGGCUCAUUCUGUUGAUAGUGACAUAUUUAA